AGGGACGGGCGGCGGCGGGUAGUGUCUGGGGCCCCUCCCGCGGACGGUGUUGGCGCCGGACUGCGAGGCCGCACCUGCCGUGGUCGUCGGAGGAGGGCGGCCAGCUCGGGCCAGGGCGGCGGCGGCGGCGGCGGCCGGGGGGCGCAGGCGGAGCCCCGCGCCGGGCCUCCUCCUCACCGCGUCGCAGAAGCCCUUUCCUGCCCUGUCCCUUCCCCAGCGGGGCCUCCACGGCCUCCCGGGAGCUGUGCGGGCUGCCUCGCCUCUCCCCACUGUACCUACCGGGGCCCCACGUGCCGGCUAUGGCCGCGGCCACCAUAGUCCACGACACGUCUGAGGCGGUGGAGCUGUGCCGGCCCUACGGCCUCUACCUGAAGCCCAUCACCAAGAUGACCAUCAGCGUGGCCCUCCCGCAGCUGAAGCAGCCGGGCAAGUCCAUCUCCAACUGGGAGGUGAUGGAGCGGCUCAAGGGCAUGGUGCACAACCACCAGUUCUCCACGCUGCGCAUCUCCAAGAGCACCAUGGACUUCAUCCGCUUCGAGGGCGAGGUGGAGAACAAGAGCUUGGUCAAGUCCUUCCUGGCCUGCCUGGACGGCAAGACCAUCAAGCUGAGCGGCUUCUCCGACAUCCUCAAGGUGCGCGCUGCCGAGUUCAAGAUCGACUUCCCCACGCGGCACGACUGGGACUCCUUCUUUCGCGACGCCAAGGACAUGAACGAGACGCUGCCCGGGGAGCGGCCGGACACCAUCCACCUGGAGGGGCUGCCCUGCAAGUGGUUCGCGCUCCGGGAGUCGGGCUCCGAGAAGCCCAGCGAGGAGGUCCUGCUCAAGGUGUUCGAGAAGUUCGGUGAGAUCCGGAACGUGGACAUCCCCAUGCUGGACCCCUACCGCGAGGAGAUGACCGGGCGCAACUUCCACACCUUCAGCUUCGGCGGGCACCUGAACUUCGAGGCAUACGUGCAGUACUGCGAGUACGCGGGCUUCAUCCAGGCCAUGAGUGCCCUGCGGGGCAUGAAGCUCCUGUACAAGGGCGAGGACGGCAAGGCAGUGGCCUGCAACAUCAAGGUGUCUUUUGAUGCGACCAAACACCUGAGUGAUGCCUCGAUUAAGAAGCGGCAGCUGGAGAGGCAGAAACUGCAGGAGCUGGAGCAGCAGCGAGAGCUGCAGAAGCGGCGGGAGAAGGAGGCCGAGGAGCGGCAGCGUGCAGAGGAGAGGAAGCAGAAGGAGCUGGAGGAGCUGGAGCGCGAGCGGAAGCGCGAGGAGAAGGUGCGCCGGAGGGAGCAGAGGCAGCGGGACCGCGCGCUGCGGCGGAGCCAGCGGAAGCUGGAGCGGCUGCAGGCCGAGGAGCAGAAGCAGCUGCACGAGAAGAUCCGGUUGGAGGAGCGGAAGCUGGUGCUGUCGCAGCGCAACCUGCAGUCCAUCCGGCUCGUGGCGGAGCUGCUGAGCCGGGCCAAGGCGGCCAAGGCCCAGGAGCAGGAGCAGAAGGAGGCGUCGCUGCGCCUGCAGCAGCUGGAGGAGCGGCGGCGGCUGCAGGAGGCAGAGCUGCGGCGCGUGGAGGAGGAGAAGGAACGGGCGCUGGGGCUGCAGCGCAAGGAGAAGGAGCUGCGCGCACGGCUGCUGAGCAUCCUGCUGAGCAAGAGGGCCGACGACCCCCGCACGCACGACGAGCUCGCGGCGGCGCACGCAGGCCUCCUGCAGCCUGUGCUGGACAUCCUGCAGACCGUGUCGGCCAGCUGCGUGGGCGCCGCCGUGCUGCCGUCUGUCGCGGGCCCGCCGCCCCAGCCGGAGAGCAGCCGCGCAGCCAGCGGCGUGAACGGGCGCGUGGCCGAGGAGGCCCCGGUCACGCAGGCGCAGGAGCCGCGCCACGCCGCCUCCCCCGAGAAGCGGUGCCCGGCCGUGCUUGCCUGCAUUCCCGACAACCAGCAGCAGCCCGCGGGCCCGCCCGCCGCCAGCGAGCAGAGCGCGCCCAGGAAGGACGCGCGUUCCGAGCAAGACAAGUGCAACCGGGAGCCCAGCGGGGGUCGCGGCCGCGCCAGCAGGGAGCGCAGCGCCGACGACGGGCCCCGGGAGGCGAGCCGGCCGCGGGCGGGCAGUGCGGAGCGCGGGCGGCGGGAGCGGCGCGCGCACAGGAAGCGGGCGCACGAGGACGCCAGCCCCCGCCGGCGCAGCGGCAGCCCGGAGCGCUCGCGCUCGCGGAGGUCGCGCAGUGGAGACCGGCACGGCCGGAGGGACCGGAGCCGGGGCCGCAGAGGCGGCUCGGGCCGCAAGCGUAGCCGCCAGCGGCGCGGCGAGCGGUCGCGCUCAGGGUCCACCGGCCGCCACCGCAGCACCUGGAACAGGUAAUGCCGGGGCCAGCGCAGAUCUGGACCCUGCAGGCCCAGCCGCCGGCGCUAGGAACCCGCGCACUGCCGCCCUCUGGGGGCCGCGGCCGCUGGCUUUGCUUUACCCAGAAAACUGUUGACGGACAGCUUUACUCGCACCGCCCUCCCUGUAAGUCAGGAGGCCGCGCCGGGGGUGGCGGAUCCAGGCUGCCCCGCGCCGCAGCCGAGCAUCUGAACGCCGAGGCGCCCCCCUGCCGUCAGCCUGGCCGCACGUGCCCACGGCGGCGGGGGAGGCCCUGUUCCUGGCCCCUUUGCUCUCCCCGUUCUGUAACUUGCACCGGCUGGGAAGCACGUUCUGGUUUGGGACGCGGAAGGAGCAGAGGGGUCAGGCUCCUUGUGUCCUCAGUGAAGGAGGCCCACAUCCCGCUGGCAGUGACCCAAGGUGCCGUCACUGGGCCCAGGGUGCAGGGCUGGACGCCCCCUCACCUUCAGAAACGUUCACUUCUCACGAAUUCAAGCAAUUCGGUAUAAAAACGGGUGAAAAGCUUUGGUUCCUAGUCAAGGGUAGCGUGUAUAUAGUUUUUUUAAAGAGCUGUUUUGCUAAGUUAU